AUGGCUGAAACUGCAGGGCCCAGGGCCGCAGCAGAGCCCCGGGCGUUGCUGGCGGGAGUCAGGGCUGCGCCUGGUGAACGGCUGGUUAACGCUGACAUUCCCGUCCCGUGUCCCUGCUCGUGCGUUCCAGCUGCCGUCUCCUGGUACGACGAGUUCCAGAGGCUCUACGACACCAUCCCGUGCGUGGAAGUGCAGGCCCUGAAGGAGCACAGCGACCAGGUUUUGCACCUCAGCUUCUCCCACUCCGGCUGCUUGUUCGCAUCGUGCUCCAAAGACUGUACCGUCAAGAUCUGGAGUAACGAGCUGGACAUCUCCCUGCAGCACAGCUCCAACAUGAGACCGUACAACUGGAGCUACACGCAGUUCUCCCAGUUCAACUCCGAUGACUCCCUCCUCCUGGUGUCAGGUGUUUUUGUGGGGCCUCACAACUCCUCGUCAGGAGAGAUUGCCGUAAUCAGCAUGGACAACUUCACCCUGCUUUCCAGGGUGAGGAAUAAACCCUACGAUGUGUUUGGCUGCUGGCUGAACGAAACCAACUUGAUAUCGGGCAACCUGCAUCGGAUUGGGCGCAUAACCUCGUGCUCCGUGCUGUGGCUGAACAACGCUUUCCAGGGCGUAGAGUCCGAGAAUGUGAACGUGGUGAAGAGGCUGUUCAAAAUCCAGAACCUGAAUGCCAGCACUAUCCGGACCGUGAUGGUGGCUGACUGCAGCCGGUACGACUCCCCGGACCUACUCCUGGACUACGAGGAGCAGCUGGCUGCUUCCUCCACCUCCCCCUGCCCGGUCUUUGAUCUGGGCAGCGACAGCGAGGAAGAGGAGGCCAAACCCAAGCAGACGCCAGAGCCGGCAGUACAGGAAUUGCCGGAUGAGGGGGGUGUGACAGCAGAGGACGGGCUGCAGCAGUUCUUUGAUGAUAUCAUGGAGGGCCGCGUGAGGCCUGCCAUGACCGAGACGGAGCUGGAGACCAAGGUGGCCGAGCUGUUUGUACGCAACAGAACUAAACCGCCGGAGCUGAACCUGCUCCCCACAGACAGCAACAGCAAGACAAAGUACUUAAUCUUCACCACUGGCUGCCUCACCUACUCCCCACACCAGAUAGGUAAGGCUGCGGUCUGAGCCCGCAGCACGGCCUCUCCCCGGGGGCGUGGCCCCGGGUUCGAUGUGCUCUUCGUGGCGUGCGACGAGGUGCGGGGUGACCCCUCUGCUCCCCUCCGCAGGUACCUGUACGUGAACAGCCGCGCCUGGCCCCGGGACUGCGUCAUCUCCGACCCGAUGCAGCCGCCCCCCAUCGCCGAGGAGAUCGAUCUGCACGUGUUCGACCUGAAGACGAUGAAGGAGGUGAAGAGAGCCCUCCGGGCGCAUCGGGUAGAUUGCUGCUUCAUCUUCCUGGACGUCAGCAGGGACUUCGUAGCGAGGUGUGGGGAAAUCUUCUCGUACCCCGCAGACUGCGACCGUCCACCCAAACCUCUUCUCAGGGAAGGUCUCUCCACCACCAGGGAUGAGGGCUCCCGCCAGGCACCUCGUCCCCACUCCGACUGA